UUUCCACUUUUUACAUCGUCACCGAGAGAGAGAAGACGGCGGCGGUGUGCUGUGAAACCUCCUCUCUCAGUCUCAUUUUCCCACCGCCACAACUCCGAUCACUCUCAAUUCGCUCUGUUUCUGCUGCAGCAACUGGGAGAGAGAUUUUGCCGAUGAAGGAAAGAGUAAAAGUGAGAAUCGAGAAACAAGUGAAAGAAAGGAGCAGUGACACUCGCGCUUCACCGGCGAUGAACUCGGCGGAUCAAAGAAUCAAACCGGAGAGGGGCAGGAAGAUAGUGUCUUUCGCCUCGAAUUUGAUGAUUCUGGCCAAUAAAGCGUUGGAGGAAGAUGAGUCUUUGCCGGCGGGAAUUAAGGAAGACACAUAUGAACAAGCUGUCUCUAAGGGAAAGCGAGAGCUGUUGAUGCAACCAACAAGAGCUAAAUCAACUCUCAGCGUAAGUCACAGAGCAGCCAAGGCUCUUAAAGAAGCUAGAUUGAACAAAGGUCUUGAAUUGUACAAAAUCUAUAAGAGGAAGAAAAGAGCCAACGAGUCUGGUCGUCUUGGUGGUGGUUGCACUAGGUUUCGUAGGACCAACUUGUCUGGUACUCUUCAGCAGCUGUCUUUUGAAGAUUUAGUGGUUCUGGCCAACGCAGCAGAGGAGUAUAUGCCUGCUGCUGCUACAGUUGAGCAAGAUACAUGUAAGCAGAGCGAAUCUGGCGAGAUUGAUUCUGAAGAGAUGCAGAGAAACCGAGAGUUGAUGCAACAAAAGGGUGAAGCAGCACCAGUGAAGAUUGUUGAACAAGUUAAACCAACCAGAGAUUCUUCUGAUGGUUUUCGAAUAGACAGAUUGUUUGAGAAGAAGUAUGUCCGGAGGAUACGAGUUAAGAACAAGGAGCUGUUGAAAUCUGCAUCAGUUGGAGUGGUUGCAGGAACUUCUAAUCUUGUCAACUACAAGUUGUGUGGACGCAAACCAUCAAGCUUAACUAAUGUGGAUGCAGUAGAGAGAGGGAAAGGGUUGGUGUACAACAACGGCGAAACUCUGUCAAAAUCUGAACUAGUCUGUUGUACCGGGAUAAAAAGCAAGACAAGGAGCAGAGAUGAGACAGAAGCAACCGCAGCUGCAGUUUCGAAAAAGCAGUUGCAUUGUCUUGAUUCAGCAUGGGAACAGGGAUAUCCCAAGAGAAAACGCAGCCAACUGAUAAUAAGAAAACCCAAGGAACGGAAGAAGAACUUGAACAAGAGCAGAGAAGGAAAGAAACAAGCUUGUGACGAAAUUGACACUUGCGACAAUUCUGGACAAGAAGCUGAGGCAGAGGAUGAGGAGGAAGACGUAUCUGAUGCAUCUAACUCGUCUAGUUGCAACUUGUGUAGUAGUUUCAUCUUCGAUGUUCAAUGGAGCAACAAAAGGAAGAGAAAUUGCAUGAAAUUAGUGGAAGCACAGAGCAACUUCGUGAUCCUUCUUAUUGCUGUUGAAGCAAUCACACAUCAGUUGCGUCUCUUAGACAUUAGCAUGUAGCUAGGAAGCUCGAAAACGUAGUCCUCUUGUUUUGUAUCUAGUCUUAGUACUUAAGAUCUACUAAUAUAUAACCUUUUUAUGUAAAUCAAAUCUGAGCUAUAUGAUUGAAAAUUUAAC